UGCGCCGCGCGCGGCAGGUUUGAAGCGCGGGCGCGGCCGGAGGCUGAGGUGGCGGCGGCCACGGUCAGGCCCGGUCCUGGCGGCUCCCGGCGGCGGCGCCAUGGACGAGGCCGUGGGCGACCUGAAGCAGGCGCUGCCCUGCGUGGCCGAGGUGCCCACCGUCCAUGUGGAGGUGCACCAGCGCAGCGGGAGCACUGCAAAAAAAGAGGAUAUAAAGCUGAGUGUUAGAAAGCUACUCAACAGGCAUAAUAUUGUGUUUGGUGAUUACACGUGGACUGAGUUUGAUGAGCCUUUUCUGACCAGAAACGUGCAGUCUGUGUCUAUUGUUGACACAGAACUAAAGGCUAAAGAUCCACAGCCCAUUGAUUUGACUGCCUGCACUAUUGCACUUCACAUCUUCCAGCUGAACGAAGAUGGCCCCAGCAGUGAAAAUUUGGAGGAAGAGACAGAAAAUAUGAUUGCGGCCAGCCAUUGGGUUCUGCCCGCAGUUGAAUUCCAUGGGCUUUGGGACAGCCUGGUGUAUGAUGUGGAAGUCAAAUCUCACCUCCUCAACUAUGUGUUGACAGCUUUACUGUUUUCAGACAAGAAUGUCGACAGCAAUCUCGUCACCUGGAACCGGGUGGUGCUGCUUCACGGUCCUCCGGGUACUGGAAAAACAUCCCUGUGUAAAGCUUUAGCCCAGAAAUUGACCAUCAGACUCUCAAGCAGGUACCGGUAUGGCCAGUUAAUUGAAAUAAACAGCCACAGCCUCUUUUCUAAGUGGUUCUCAGAAAGUGGCAAGUUGGUGACUCGGAUGUUCCAGAAGAUCCAGGACUUCAUCGACGACAAAGAUGCGCUGGUGUUUGUGCUGAUUGAUGAGGUGGAGAGCCUGACCGCCGCCCGCAAUGCCUGCAGGGCGGGCGCCGAGCCCUCGGAUGCCAUCCGUGUCGUCAACGCCGUCUUAACCCAGAUCGAUCAGAUUAAAAGGCACUCCAACGUGGUGAUCCUGACCACCUCCAACAUCACGGAGAGGAUCGAUGUGGCCUUCGUGGACAGAGCUGACAUCAGGCAGUACAUUGGACCGCCCUCUGCAGCAGCCAUCUUCAAAAUCUACCUCUCCUGCCUGGAAGAGCUGAUGAGGUGUCAGAUCAUAUACCCUCGCCAGCAGCUGCUGACCCUCCGCGAGCUGGAGAUGAUCGGCUUCAUUGAAAACAACGUGUCCAAGUUGAGCCUCCUUCUGAGUGAAAUUUCAAGGAAGAGUGAGGGCCUCAGCGGCCGCGUCCUGAGAAAACUCCCUUUUCUGGCUCAUGCUCUGUACGUCCAGACCCCCAGCGUCACCAUCGAGGUCUUCCUCCAGGCCCUGUCUCUGGCUGUGGACAGGCAGUUUGAGGACAGAAGGAAGCUCUUGCCGUGUGUGUGACCUGGCGUCCCCAUCUGCGUUCUCGGUGAGCACACAGUGAGGAGGUGACGUCGCUUCCCUCACAGCAGCGGCCACCCCGGGAAUUUCCAAGCCCACGGCUGAGACCUGCAGGCCAGAAACCCACAGGCCGGUGUUGUUCAAGAAGCGUGUUGCAUUUACAUGGCAUCGUACAAGAAGCGUGUUAUGUUUACAUACUUCUAAACCCAUGUUAGAAGACAAACAGCCUGUUGUUUUCUCCGUUUUAAAAGACGAUCCUCUGAGCUCUGUGUCUCUUCGUAAAGAACCAUCUAGGUGUCCUUAUUCUGCCCUGCCUCUGGUUAAUUGGACCCAAAAUGCUGACAAAUUUUGUUUAAAAAAAUGAUUAAUGUAAGUUUUAUAGAAGCAAAACAGAAUCUACAUUGCUUUAAGUGAGAAUGUAAUCAUAGCAUUAAAAGAAAGUACAUAUCACUCGGGACGGCAGCAUUUGCUUCCUGCUGUGAGCUCGUUCUGUUUAGUGCAAACAUUUUGGAGACUAUUCGGUGAGUAAGAAAACCCUGUUCCUGUGUUACAUCAAUCGAGAAGAAAGUUCUAGGGCAAGUGCUCUUCUCAGUAAGCAGACAGGCUCCACUUGUGGGGCAGGAGCCGUGACGCGGGGCACGCCUCCCUGGUGUCCAGUGUGGCCGGCGUUACGGGGAUGUUCCACAGUCAGUCACAGCUCAAAUGAAGAGUCACAUUAACAGGUGUAAAAUAAAUUGGCCGAUAAUUGAUGUAUUCCACAGAAUAUUGUAUUGCUUUUAUGCUAAAAUAAAUUUCAUAUUAGUGUUUUGUAUACAUUUUUAAAAGAACACGUUUCCUUUU